CGCCUGCUACUUCUCGCCGCGGGGGGUACUCGAGGGACGACCGCGACCGCCGCUCGCGCCACUCUCCGGAGCGCGAGCGUGAGCGCAGCAGCAGACGCGAUAGGUCCGAGAGACACCGAUCCGAGUCUAGGUCUAAAUCUCGCUCGAGGAAGCGCGGAGCCUCCAGCAGGGACCGCGGCAAGCGCAGGUCGUAUAGCGUAUCCUCGUACACCGGUUCGAGCUCUGCGUCUUCCAGAUCCGGUUCGCGGUCAUCCUACGGAUCUUCGAAGUCGCGGUCCCGCUCCCGCUCCCGCUCCGCGUCGGCAUCGCCCAACAAGAAGAGCAGCCGUAGGGACCGUACCCGCUCCGUCUCCGUCUCGUCCGCUAGGGGGGAGGAUGGCGCGAAGAAACGCCGCGAACGAUUGCCCCAUAGGUCACAUGCUGAUACGAGGGAGAAGGAGAAGGAGAAGCGCGAUAGAAGCCGUCAUCAUGAGGACCGCGAUCAUCGCGAUCGGAGGCGACGCACGCGCACUCCGGAUGAUGCCGAGAAGGGCGAGAAGACCCGUGCAAAGGAAAAGGAGGGCAAUAAGGACCGCGAGACCUCGCCUGGUACUAAACGCCAGCGGUCUGCGUCGCCCCACCGUCGAGGCACCAGCAGCAGCCGCAAGGACCGCGAGACGACUCCUGGCACCAAACGCCAGCGGUCCGCGUCGCCUGACCGUCAAGGCUCUAGCAGCAACAAGCGCACCAAGGACUCAUCCGACGACGCAGCAGCGAAGAAGGGUGACGAAGAAGAAGAGGUUGGUGGUUUGUAUUUUUCCGUUUGGCCAGGAAUUACGGAGGUUUGCUGACUUGCUACUUGAUACCAGUACUUGAAGCUCAAGGAGAACUUGCUCAGGGAGAGGCUGCUCAGGGAGAAAAUUAGGAGGGAUAGGAGGAGUAGUGAGUCCACGGGAGGCGGGAAGGAGCAGAAAAUUGAGGGGGUGGAGGCAGUGGAGUGAGUGAAUACGGAUUUACCUUACCAUACGAUGCAUUGUACAAUAAUUUAUGAAGUCUGGUGGGAUUGUGGAGCAUAUGUACGGCUUGCAUACGGCUUGCUUUGAUGUAUCUAUGAUGAAGCCUUGAGCUGUGAUUUGACCUAUUGGGCUAGUUCGGUUGCCCGGUGAUGGG